CGAAUGGAUGGGAAUAGGGGGAUGGAUUUUCGGUUUAGGCUCCAGCUCCAGCGAGUGGAGCCGUAACCAUGACACGACUCCCCUUCCUGCCACAUGCAUACCAACCAUACCAUAUUGUUGCUGUUGCGUGGUGGUGUCUCUGUUCUCUCUUGUUUUGAUCUAUGGAUGCAUGAAUGAUUUGGUGCGGUGCGGCAGCUGUAAUGACACCAGAAAACCAUUGAAAUAAUUCUAGCAGAAAUUUUGUUUACAUUCCAGCGUCGAGUGGACAAAUAGUUUCGCUGUGAAAAAAUAUCCCCAACGAAGCAUUUAUAUAUGUAAUUUUGUAUAAAAAAUAAAGCGACAUAAUUAAUAAAUGCGCUUAAAUGCGCCAUGAACUAUGCAAAAGUGUUGUGCCAUACACAUUUGUAGAAGUGAAAGCUAAAAAGUGCUCGUUGGAAUAAUGCGGAACACAUUAAGGAUUCAUUGCCUCCUCCUGCUGCUCCUGGCUGCCGUUGUGGCCCAGCAAACCCACAUAAAGCUGGAGCAGGGCGAUCUUAUUGGCCUCAAGGUCUUUCCGGAUGGGACACGUAGCGCUGUCUAUGCCUUUCUGGGAAUCCCCUAUGCCCAGCCGCCCGUGGCCGAACUGCGUUUUGCGCCCGCCAAGCCUAGCCUCAACUGGAAUCGCACGCUCCAGGCCAUGGCCAUGCGGCCCAUUUGCCCCCAACUCUCGAACACCAUCUACGAUGAGGGCUCGGAUGGAGGGGUCGCCGGCGGUGGCGGCAUUCCCAGAGCCGCGCAGACGGAUGAGGACUGCCUGUACUUGAACAUUUGGACACCGGAGACGGGGCUGCGGUACGGAAAACUGCCCAUAGCGGUGAUCAUCACGGGCGAGGAGUUCGCCUACGAUUGGCCUCGGAAUCGCAUCAAUGGCCUGGACCUGGCCGCGGAGGGAAUCGUCGUGAUUAGUGUGCAGUAUCGGAACAACAUAUACGGCUGGCUGGGAUUAGGCGAGGGGCAUCGCCAGCUGCCGGGAAACUACGGACUCACCGAUGUGAGGCUGGCCCUCAGAUGGAUUCAAAGGAACGCCGAUGCCUUCGGGGGCAAUCCGGACCAGAUCACCCUACUGGGCCAUGGCAGUGGAGGAGCAGCUCUGGUUCUGGCCAGUGCUCUGGAAGAGUCCCAUCUGGUGAAACAAUUGGUGCUCAUGUCGCCCGGCCCCGUUCUGCGCUCCCUGGGCUCUGGGCAUGAUCAGCGCAUCAUGGAAACGGGCCGAGUGCUGAUCCAGAAACUGGGCUGCCAGUUCGAAGAAGCCCAGCGCCGGCAACUGCUCGGCUGCUUGCGGAGGACGAGCCAGGAGGAUUUGCUGAGAGCCUACGAGAGUGUAUACAACCAUGGCAACGGCAGUUACCAGCUCGGGGUUGUCUUGUGGAGAGGAUUGGAGGAGCGACUUCACAAUCAGACGCUCCCUCCAGUGCUCCUGGGAAUCACCUCGAAUGAGGGCGCCUUCCUGCAGGACUACUGGCUGGAUGUGGCCCGAGAGGGCCAACUGGCGCUGCAGGAGUACAUCAAUCACACAGUGAUGCCCAAUGUCCUGCGCUCUCUGGAGGCGGGCAGCGAUGAGAACGGUUCGCAGAUGGCAGCCAUCAAGUGGCGCUACUUCAACGGAGUGCCCGAGAGGGGGGGAAGUGUCGUCCAUCUGUUGAAUGGGAUGCAGCGACUCCUGUCGGAGUCCCUCUACGAGCUGCCAUUCUUCCGUCUCUUGGACAUGCUCAAUGGUUCCACCAGCUACGCCUAUGUCUUCGACAUGUCCCAUGCGAUGGACAUGAGGGGCAGAAAGAACCUCUUUGCGGGUGCCUCGCACAGCUCCGACUUGCCCCUGCUCCUGGGGCCGAGUCUGUUCCAGCAGAUAGCCCGACGUCGCUUCACUGGCGAGGAGGAGCAGCUCUGCAGGAAGCUGCGGGGAGCCUUUGCCAACUUCGUGAAGAGCGGCAACCCCACGCCAGGCAGAAUCUACGAUGCCUGGCUGCCCUACAAUCGCCAGAAUCCCUUCAUAUACAGCUUGGGCGAGCAACAGGCGAAGCCCAUCCAGUCAGGGGGCUUGGACGAAGCCGAAAUCGAUAAACUGCUGAGAGGGGACACGGCAGCGGGCAUCGACCGCAGCCUAUCACGGACGAAUCGCCACGACACGUACAGAGCCGGCCUCUCGAACUCCUACACGUCCAGCAACCAACAGGAUUCCGGGUUUUCCGGUCACUUGCAGCGCGUCUAUGGGUUCUGGCAGGUGCUGCUGCCUCUUGAAAAGGACAAUGAAUUCCGCGGUGGGGCACUGGGGCAGAGGGUGCGUCUCUUGGAGGCCCACGCGGAUGCAGCGCGCUAUCGGCAGGGCUUCUAUGCAAUGUUGGGCUUGGUCUGUCUGCUUCUGGCUUGUCUCUGUCUCUGCGUCUAUUUGCUGAAACGCAAUCCGGAUUCGCUGGGAAGACGAAACGCUUCGUCGGCGUCGGACUGCUAUUGCUUAUGACCCAAGUGGUUUCGCUGGACGACCAUCUUUGGCGGUAGAAAGGAUGGACAGGCGACCUCGGGCAUUGCCAGUGUCGAGUCCUGGCGCAAAGGUGGUCGUGCAGCGAAACGUGAACGAGGCGAGGGCGAGGCUGAACGCGAGCGAAGGGAGCAGCCUCUCAACCAACGUGCCCGACGUCCCAGACAAUUACAGCCGUACGACUUCAAGGCUACCCCCGCUGCUGGAGGAGCAGGAGCUGGAGCAGGAAGUGGGACUGUUGAGGAACUCCUGGAUCCUGUCCCCAGCAAAUUCGAGCCAAAUCUGGCUGUUAAGAACUGGCAAUAUCAGUUGACUUGUGAUAA